CCCAAGUCAUUUAAGGGAUCCCCAAGACAUUGCAUACGCUUGUACCGGGAUGACCUAGAUCGCAUGACUGAGAGUCAGUUUGAUUUCACUCCCUACGCGUCCGAGAUGCUCCCGCCUCUCAUCCUUAAUGAUGCACCGCUUUGGUCGGCUAGAGUCAUGCUCAUAUUUUGCAAUAUGGCCGAAAUGCAUUACCCGGAUCGAUUUCUUCGGCAGUUCAGUAUAAGGCAAGACAUUCCGAAUGCUCCUUUGCCGGGUACUGAUCAUCACGGAUCUCGUUCCAACAUAGUAAUCGGUGCCUUGGCGAUGUGGGCGGACAUACAACAUAAUAUAUACGUUCUUGAUUAUGAUCGAUAUAUGUCUCUCGAAGCAACUAAAAGGUACCGAAACUGGUACAAGAAGCAUGGUAUGACACGUGUCCAGAACCCUUCUCACAAUGUGCCACGACAGGCUACACCCCGACAGCACACGAUUGGGGUAUUGUGAAGCAAGGCGUUCACGAGGUGUAUCAGCUCUUAGCCGACCGCGCGAGUUAUGAGGGUUGUCAAAAACGACUACGGCAGAUGGCCCUGGAUGUAGGUGAUGAAGAUAUGCUCCACCGGGGCAUAUUCCACUAUGAAGAUGAAGAUGCAGGUGGAAGUGACGAAGAGGAUGAUUCACAUGAACGUGAAGAUGGGACUGAGGAUUCACAAGCGCCCCCUCAAUUCUCAACACAUGGUGUCUCAUUUGAUCAACCACCCCCUCAAUUCUCAACGCAUCAAGGUGGGUCAUUUGAUCAACCACCGCCGUAUUAUGAUUCUUAUCAGUGGUCCACACAACCGGAUGAUUAUGUUGAGUCAUUUCUGAAUUCGUCUUUUUACUAUGGAGACACAACGGGGCCUUGGAACACUAGCGGUGGGGAUGGAGCAGGGCCGAGCAGGCAACAUUAGAUGUAGUAUUAAAUUUAAUUUUGUAUGUACCGUCUAUUUAUUAAGAAAUUAUAUUGAAAACUACGUUUGUUUUGUUCACUUGCAUUAAAAUUACCAAAAAAAUUUACUUAAAACAAAAUGAAAUUUUUAUCUAAUUAGACGAAUGGAGUAAAUCAAAAUUGCACUUAAAAUUACCAAAAUUGCAAU